CAUGCGUUUUGUUUUUCGGUUCCAGGUGGCAAACCAAUCACACCGACCGGCGACCAGAGCCUGCUGAACGGUAGCGCACCAAAGGACAGCAGCCCGACGGAAAACGGUGGCAGCACGGUAGUGGACGGCGUUGCGACAAAGUUAGAGUCGACGCAACUCCAAAGCCAGCAGCAGCAGCCGAACGGUACGAAAUCUCCUCAGAAGGGCGGCCCGGACGCGGCCACCACGACGACGGCUGCGUCACCACAGAAAAACGGGUCCACUCCGUCGGCUGCGGCGGCGGCGGCAGCAAGUCAAAGUCCGGCCCAGACCCAAGUCAGCAACCAGGUGAUACCGGGGCCCCAGUCCGCCUCGCACGUGGUCAUCGACGAGAAGAAGAUGAAAAAGUGCGCCUGCUGCGUAAUACAGUAAGAAGGAAAGUGGCG